ACAGAGAGAGGAGAGUGAGUGAGAGGGUGCGCCCGCUCAAAUAGACCCGCAAAUAAACCCCGGCGUUCAACGUGUGUUGUUACAUAGCGUCGUGUUGUGUUGGAACAAUAAUUACCCCUAUCGGAACCUCAUUGAGUGCCGUGUGUCGCGGACAUUGUUCGGUAAGGACUGCGGUUAGUUUGUUCGUUGACAGUUCGUUCGUGGGUGUUUGUGUUUUACUUACGCGAUCUGGCCGAUAUAUACCGAUAUCUUGUGACAAUUUCAAGUCGCGUUUAGUCAAGUGAAAUAGUGUCACCGAUGUUCAGUAAUCAGACUUUGCUAAUGAAUUAGUAGUGCUUCUGUAAUCAAGUCAGAAGCUUGUUCUCGGAGACGGAUUUUAGUGCGGUGGUGUUUGUUGUGUCAAGGAUUCGCGGUCCCAGUCGCCGCGCUGGCAGCGUUCAUGGUUCCAGUUUGACAACGACAGGAUUUUCCACCCCCGAUUAGCUCUAUGACCAUGUUACAGUCGCAGAAGCUGUACAGCGAGGCUGGCAGCCUCGGCACCAUGACAAGCGCUGCUAUGUCAAAUAUGGGCAGCAUGGGGCCGACCUACAGUUCCAUCAACUCCUUAAACUGUGUCUCCAUGGGAAUGCCUAUGGGAGUUGGACCAAAUUGCAGUCCCCAGAGUCCUGGGGCCUUUAAUAUGAGCACGAUGAGCUCAGCCAUUGGAAUGGCGACAAUGGGUGGCCAAAUGGGUGGCUACGGUGGUGCUGGAAUGGGUGGCGGAGGUGCGUGUAUGAGUGCCGUCGGCUACGGAUCCCUUGCUCCAGGUGGUGGCGGUGGUGUUACAAGAGACUCGCUCUCCUUAGCUGAACCAGAUUCGCCAAAUUCGGCUCUUCAACGAGCGAGAACCGAUAAGUCUUACAGAAGAAGUUACACACACGCGAAACCACCAUAUUCCUACAUCAGCCUAAUUACAAUGGCAAUCCAAAAUGCACCUACCAAGAUGCUAACCCUUUCCGAAAUUUACCAGUUCAUCAUGGACCUCUUUCCCUUCUACAGACAAAACCAACAACGCUGGCAGAAUUCCAUCAGGCAUUCCCUCAGUUUCAACGACUGCUUUGUCAAAGUACCAAGGACUCCAGACAAGCCCGGCAAAGGAUCUUUCUGGACUCUGCAUCCUGAAAGUGGCAAUAUGUUUGAGAAUGGAUGCUACCUCAGACGCCAAAAGAGGUUCAAAGAUGAGAAAAAGGAACUCACGAGGCAAACUACGAAACAUCACCACCACGGCUCUGGUGGAAACGGACAUGGUAGUCCUCCAUCGCACGAACUCAAUCAUGGAAAGAAGACACCUCUACAUCACGGCCAACCCCAGGACGACAAAGACCUACAAUCCCUAGUUUCAUCACAUCACCAUCAUCACUCCGGUGGUCUACAUCAACACCACUCGAGUUUGAAAAGUGACACAAACGAUAUUGGAGGUUUGUUGGGUUCGGAUCUUGGUGCAGCUCAUGAUGAGCUUGCUGCCAUGGUUGGAAGAAGUUUACAUCCUCACCUUUUGAGCGACCCUAGCGGUCUUCACCACGGGAUGUCGGGAAGCUUGAAACAAGAGCCUCCUUAUACGGCUGCCAGUCACCCCUUCAGCAUCACGAGGCUACUUCCUGGUGCGACAGCUGGCAAUUCACCAGGUUCCCAGGACACGAAACCACCAGAGUUGAAGAUGUACGAGCUUCAUCAAAGUUAUGCGAAUUACGGCUCGCCUCAUCAUCCACAUCCACAUUCAGGGCCGCCUGGGCAUCACCAUCACAAUGGAAUGCAUGGUUCGAAUCCAAAUCCCAUGCAUAAUAUGAGCAAUCAUCAUCAGGACUAUUAUCAGAGUCCUCUUUAUCACCAUGCAAGUGUUACUACGUCCAGUGCACCUCCGCCUCCUUCGACAACCUCGGCGGCGGGGUUGUGACACCACGCUUCUCAUCCUUACGCUCUGGCCUGAGUCGCUACUGCCGCCUAUGCCGCCAACAUCGUCCCGAGCAUCCCAACGUCUUCCGUCGACAUGGCACAUCGCCAAAGAUUUGAGGAAGAUGUGCCUCCUUGUUGGAACGACGAGGACGAGGAUGAUACUUUGUAGUCAUUUUCGUACAAAGUAUUGUAUGGCGGAUUCGAUGAGCGUGAGGUAUUUUUAUUAGGUUUGUUUUCUAGUUUUAUGUCCAUUUGUGAACGUUAAAAAUAGUGUGUAAGGUUGGUUAAGGUGAUUUAGGUUGUAAUGAAGUACCGCUCAGAAUUUUGAAUCGGUUUUAAUCAGGUCCAACUGAAUUAUUAAAAUUUAUUACUGAUCCGAAGAAUUGUUUAACAAACAAUUGACAAGAUUUAUUGCAGUUGUCAAUUUUUUGGGAGACUAUGAUGCGAGUAUGGAUCACAGAUGUUUUUAAAUUAUUUUAAAGAUUUUUGGCAGUUUAAGUUAUUUUUCUUUACCAAUGUAGACAGUUUUUCCAAAUCCUAAUGGAAGUUAUUGACUUGAAGGUAAAGUAAUUCACAAUUUUAGAAAAGAGUCAGAUUUGCGAAUGUGCGAAUCUUGCAUAAUUAAAAUUUAUUUUUGUAAAAUAUCAAUUUUUCUCGCAUAAGAUGUAUUGUUUAUCACUAUACAUUUAUUCUAAUUUGGAUUACUUUUUACUCAUGAAAAUCCUUUAUGCUUUCCUCUCUGUCUAAAAAAGGUUGUAUAAUUAAUAACAUUUCUAAGAGGCUAAUUUUGGUAAUAGAGUUAGUAAACUUUUUUCUAUAAAGUAGAAUGAAAAAUAAAAAAUUCUCUUAUCUAAGACCAAGAUCAUAACAUUAAACUAUUAUUUAUGUACUUAAAAAUUCCGAACGUUCAGAAUAACUUUUUUAGUGAACUGCAAUUUAAAUUCAAAUUAUUCCUCAAAGUAAGGAUUAGUUAGAAAGAUAUUGACAAAAAAAUAAGAGUGUGAUUUUUGUUUGUUAGUGAAAUAUUAUUUCAUAACAAAUAGAAAUUGAGAAAACACAGUCGUUAUAUUUAGACGGUAAAAACUUUAGAUACAUAUUUGCGGUAAAAAAAUAUUUUCACAACACUAAUCAUUUUAAUGAUUUAUUAAAUUUUUUAAUCUUCCAAGGCAAGGCGUUGAAUGUUCACUCAGCAAACGAUUUGGUUGAAUCAACAAAAUGUUUCUUGGUUUAACUAUGGAAUAUAGUUAUUAUAUUGAAAACAAAAUAUUUUAUUGACCCAACUGAAAUUUUUGUUUGUUUUAACCAAAUAUUUUCGUAGGUGGAGUAUUUGGUUUUCUUUCAGCAAAAACAUUUUGUUUAAUCAACCGAAAUUUGUUGGAUAUAAUCAAAGUUUCGUGUAUACAACCAAGAAAACAGUUUUUUUUAUUUUUCUCUCCUAUUUUUUAAUACAAAUAAAUAAAGUGUCAUUUAAAAGAGGGCCUUAUUUAAUAAUUCGCUGACAACAUUAUUUUUGCACUAUUUUUCGGAAAAAGUAUCAACUCUAUUCUUUAAAUUAUUAUAACCUAAGCAAAUCCUGAAAAUUAAGUGGACUGAUAAUUCCGAGCGUUACUCAAUACAUGCCGCAGAUAAUUUAUUUAUUCUGAUAAAAUAAUUUGUUGGAUUAACGGAUCAAUUGAUUGGGUCGAUUAAUAAAUUUAUUCAUUGUACAAAAAAGAGCUGCGAUAUCUCGUAAAACCCGAAUUGCUUCUAUCAGUUUUAGUUUUCGCAAGUUAAGAUUCCUGAGUACUCAAAAUAAAUUUAAAUUUAUUUUGAUCUUUCAUUUCAAAACUAAACGCAAAAAAUGAAUUGAAAAUCGUUUCAAUUUGAUCUGAAUUUUAAUAUAUACUUUUUAAUAUAACCCGAAAUCAGUUUAUUUAAAGACUAUUUUUAAUUCACUUUUCAUGUUCGUUCAUUUCAUGUUGAAAGAGAGAUCAAAAUAAAGCGACGGUUUUUCGCUGAGUUGGGUUGAAUUUCAGACUUCAUUAUAUUUUAAUCUCCAGAGGAUUAUAAAAAACGAUGAAGUUUAAAUUUAUUUUAAUAAUAAUUACAGGAUUACCGUCAACUAUUAUUUUUUAUUUUUUUUCUAUUUACUUGAAAAUCUGCUGUAAAAUUUUCUUCUACAAUGUUCG